AUGUCGCUUCUAUGUAUUUCUCGUGGUAGCAAAGUACCACGACUUGUACACGAAAGGGAUGCCCACCGUACCUGUGCUGCCUCAUCGCCUCUCAUCACGUCUAUCAGCACCCUCGAUGCGAUAGCGCGUCAUAUCGUCCAGGUCAAGCGCGCGUAUAAGGGGGUCGUAGAUGCAGAAAAAGUCAAUAAUGGUUUCGCGAUCGAUCCAUGCAAACACGAUCAGAUGCAGCAAUGGGACGAUAGGAACAAUAUUCUGGCCUACAGAAUAGGGCUGAGAAAUGCCAGUCAUCGGUCACAUUCCGUGCUCGCGGCACAGACUGUAAUCCUUGUAUUUGACGUCAUGGCGACAGGAUGUUUCGUGUGGAAUUUCGGGCCUGCAACUCUGACAUGGUCCCUUGAUGGUCAUUUGACGGAUCGCGUUUGCAGCAAAGGCGAGAGUGUCAAGCGUGUUUCUCGGGUCAACCAUAUUACGGGGACUCACUCUGCAUACGAGGACACACAAACACCGAUUGGGAUGCAACGGAAUCGAUCCGUAUCUCCUGCCCUACCCUAUCCUACGUCAGAAGUGCAGGGACGUCUUCCGCUGACCUACGGCAGUUGCGUCCCAAUGCUGGUUACCCCGGCAUCCGUGUUUCCGAGUCUCUCAGUCAUUAGGAAGGAUAACCGCUUCCCGUGCGAAGUUAGGAUGAUGCACCAUUUCAACGCCAGUCCCGAACCAUGA